GUCAGUGAUCCGGAGGCAUCAUGGCAGGGAUGGAGCUCGCACCGAUGAGACCAUGGGACGAUUUUUACCCGGGUGUCGACCGAUUCUCCAAACCCGAUGUGUCGGAUUUAAGCAAAUGGAAUAACAGAGUGAUCAGCAAUCUGCUUUAUUUUCAGACAAAUUACUUUGCUGCCGCCAUCGUCGUGUUUCUGAUUGUCGGUUUUCUGAACCCGGUGGGCAUGUUUCUGGGUGGCGCGGUGGUGGCUCUGGUCUUCAUGGGCUCGGUGUGGGCCGGAGAGAAUAAAACCAUCAUCAAGAACUUUAAGAAGAAAAACCCCAGCCUGUUUGUGGUGGCUGUGAUGGGAAUCAGCUACUUCCUGUUGUCUCUGUGUGGAGGAGUGAUGGUGUUUCUCUUUGGUAUCACCUUCCCCAUGCUCUUGAUCCUGAUCCACGCUUCCCUGAGACUGCGCAGCGUGAAGAACAAGCUGGAGAACAAAAUCGAGGGCAUUGGCCUGAAGAAGACGCCCAUGGGGGUCAUCCUGGACCUGCUGGACCAACAAGAGGAGAAAAUAAACAAAAUCCAAGAUUUCCUGGAGAGUAAGAUUAAAGAUUGAGCGUCGAGCACAUCAGUGUCAAACACAUCCCACCACUGUUUGCUCUUUGUUUUAUUUUGACAACCAAAUGCCAAACUGGGAACAUCUUUUAAAUACCAAAGUAUGACAAUGUCCCGAAAGCGUGUUACACGAUAAGAUGUCGAAUCACUAAAAUAGGAUUGGAUCGUUUGUUUCGGAGCAUCAAUCAGUCUGUUAUCUUAUCCUGACGUGCUACACUCAUGGAUCUUGUGUUUGCAGUUUCCUUUGUGUAUGUUUUCUUUUAUACAUAAAUAAAUAUGCAUCAAUGUGUAUAGAUAUGCUUGAUGUAUGUCUAUAGACAGAGUCACUGAAGGCACUUUGAAAUAUUUAUCGUCAUAAAAACGAUAACUUAUUUUUCCCCAACGGCAAAAGGUAUUGUUAUUCUCCAAUUGCACAUUUAUACUAGAAAAGUGUUGGAAAAUGCUGGGAUAUGAGCUGGUGUGAUUUGCAGAGAAGUGCUAAAUUGCAUGUUUUUAUUUUUUUUGGCUAGCAGAACCGCUGCAGUGAAACAAACGUUCACUUUCUUGUGAUUAUUAAUGCACAAUUAUCGUUUGCUUGCUGGUUUGAAGAGAACUAAUAAACGUGG